AUGACUCCUUUCGGUGAAAUGAGUCCUUUCGCAGACAUGAAUCUUGGCACAAACAUGGCUCGCUCCGGGUUCAUACCUAUUGACACAAACUUUCCUUCCAUCUGGGACACGGAACUUGACACAGAAGAGGGUUUUGAAGCACACCUGGCUUCUCACGCAUACAUGUCUGUUUACGAAGACCAGACUUGUUCCAUCUGUCACUACGGCCCGGGUAGACCCUUACGGCGUAGAAACGUUCUACCUGAGUCCAGGCCCGCGGAGCUUUUGGCCUCGGAUGUCCGCCAGCAUAUCCAAGCUGAGUCCAAGUCUCGCCUGAGAGAUGCAGUCGAGAAUGGUGUCCCCUUGGAUGCUUUAUACUUUACGGAUGAUUGUUACCCAGCCUGGGACAGCAUUUAUGAGAUGAACCCUGGACGCAAUCAUCAUGCUCGAGUCCAAAGAAGGCUGCUCAAUCGCGAGGCCGCAGCCCUCGUUGACCCCGUGAUCAUGAAGAGGCUUGUAAAUGUGGCCAAUGGAAAGCUUGAAGAGGCACGACUACUUGGCAUUGCCCUCAGAGAUAUUACGAUUGGCAGGGAGCUUGUGCCUCAGUGGGAUCCACAGGUAGUCGAUGAGGCGGUCCCCUACAGCCCUGAGCCUGUUGAGGAUCACUGGGAGGAUUCGGUUGCGCGAAACAUGGAGACUCUCGGAGCCGAUUUCGUCAUGGAUAACAUCACAUGGACGGAUUCGGUAGACAACGCUCCUGCUCCGGACAGGCAGGAACCAGUCGCCACCUCUGCUAGCGACUCAUCUUCUGGCGAUAAUAACAACAGCGAUGAAGACAACGGCGAUGGCAACAACCAACAUGGAGAGCCCAUUGACGACCGCUAUGCCAUUUUAUCUGGUGGCGAUCCCACGCCUCUGCCCUUUGGCUACCAGAGCAUUGCGGAGAACGACGACGAGGCUCCGCAUAUCCUUCACGAUAUUCUUAUUCACGGUGGCGCCAGUGCCGUCUAUCAUCUCGCAAUCGACGCUACCGCGUACGAGUUCUUCUUCCCUACCGACGAGGCUGUGGACGCGAGCCUCCCUGGCGUGGAUCUGGAGUGCACCGUUGAAGAUGGAGAUGUCGUGAUGGAAGCUUAG